ACGGGGCUCCUCGACUACAACUCCCAGAACACUCUCCGAACGUUCCUCGGUUCCUCCCUCCUCCAACCUGCGAGUGUUCUGGUUCCGGCGGCCGCGGCGCCCUGUACUGUGGUGGGAAAUGGGAAUAGUCUCUCUUCACCGUCUCCAGUAGCGCUCUGUAAGACAGCGCCGGGCCACUACACUACAACUCCCGGCAUGCCCUGCUGCGUUCAACCAAUAGCCGCUUGCCGUCCUCCCCCUAACCCGGCUUCGGAUUAAAGAUGGCGGAUCAGAGUGAGACAGCAGCCGGAGAUCGGCUGGAGGAGGAUGAGAAUGGCCACGGGCAUUGCAGCGACUGCGAGAACGAGGAGAAGCACAACUUCAACCAGGGUGCGGGAGAUGAGAGUGGAGUUAAGAAAAAGAAGAAACAGAAGCGCAAGAGAGACAAAGGAGGAGACAAAUUGGAGACUACUGAGGCUCCGGUAAAUACGCUACCAGCUGAGAAGAUCCAGGAGAUCCAGAAGGCCAUUGAGCUGUUUUCUGUGGGACAAGGGCCAGCUAAGACCAUGGAAGAAGCCAGCAAGAGAAGCUACCAGUUUUGGGACACGCAGCCUGUCCCAAAGUUAGGAGAAGUGGUUAACUCGCAUGGCCCCAUUGAGCCGGACAAGGAUAUCAUCAGACAGGAGCCAUACACCUUGCCACAGGGUUUUACAUGGGAUGCUUUAGAUUUGGGCGACAGGGCAGUGUUAAAAGAGCUGUACACUUUGCUCAAUGAAAAUUAUGUAGAAGAUGAUGAUAACAUGUUCCGUUUUGACUACUCACCGGAGUUCUUAUUGUGGGCGCUGAGACCUCCUGGAUGGCUGCCACAGUGGCACUGUGGGGUGCGAGUUAUCUCCAGCAAGAAAUUAGUGGGAUUUAUCAGCGCCAUCCCAGCUACUAUGAAAAUCUAUGAUCUAGCCAAGAAAAUGGUAGAGAUCAACUUCCUCUGUGUUCACAAAAAGUUGCGCUCCAAGAGAGUAGCUCCGGUCUUGAUACGUGAGAUCACACGCCGCGUUCACAUGGAAGGCAUCUUUCAGGCAGUCUACACUGCAGGUGUAGUGCUGCCCAAGCCAGUUGGCACAUGCAGGUACUGGCACAGAUCGCUAAACCCUCGCAAGCUGAUAGAGGUGAAAUUUUCUCAUCUGAGCCGUAACAUGACCAUGCAGAGAACUAUGAAGUUAUACCGGCUGCCAGAGACUCCCAAAUCCACUGGUCUGAAACCCAUGGAGCUCCACCAUAUCCCUGCUGUGCACAAGCUUCUAGCCCAGUACCUUUCACAGUUUUACCUGGCCCCAGUAAUGAGCGAGGAGGAGGUACAGCACUGGCUGCUUCCACAAGAAAACAUUAUAGACACCUACAUUGUGGAGACACCUGAAGGGGAAAUAACUGAUCUCCUGAGUUUCUACACAUUACCCUCCACCAUCAUGAACCAUCCCACACAUAGGAGCCUGAAAGCUGCAUACUCUUUUUACAAUGUACACACCAAGACGCCUCUGGUCGACCUCAUGAAUGACGCACUAAUAUUGGCUAAGUCUAAAGGAUUUGAUGUUUUCAAUGCUUUGGACCUUAUGGAAAACAAAACCUUUCUGGAGAAACUGAAAUUUGGAAUAGGAGAUGGAAAUCUGCAGUAUUACCUGUAUAAUUGGAAGUGUCCCAGCAUGGGGCCUGAAAAGGUUGGUCUAGUUUUACAGUAAACCCCUCAUCCCCUAUCUCAAAAGGGGUCAGGGUGUGAAAUGGGCCACCAGCUGCUCAACAUGCCAGAGAUUGGACAACCGAGAGAGCAGCCCCAAGAAGGAGUGAAGGAAUUGUGGGCACCGCUCUAGAACACAUCCUGCUGAUGUACAUGGGAGGGAGGCUUCAGGCUUACAAAGGUGCAAAGCAGGGAGAUUUCUCCACCUGGCUUGAAUUAAGGAUUUUUCAGGGUUUUUCUCUUCUCUCCCCCCCCCUCCUGCUGUGAAUAUAAAAUUGCGACCACUUUUUCCUCCCUGCUGCCAUCAGAGUUGAACAAGAUUUGUGGCUGAAUAUUAAAGUAUAUAUUAUAUAUAUCUGUAA